AUGCAGUCCGAAUUAAUUUUUGAAUGCCGUAGGCGUUUAACACUCAUUAGUGGGGUGUUUGCCAAAUUUGCUCAAAAAGUUCAAGUAAUUUGCCAACAAAAUUACGACUUUAAGAAAGACCUUCAAAAUUCCAACAAUAAAUUAAUUGGAGUAUUAGCCACAAAUUCAUUAUUAGAAGAACAGUCAGAACAACUUCUUUUGCGAGUUCAUUCACUUUCCUGCCAACUCUACUCAAAAACAGCUCCACACGAAUCAGAAAUUAUUAAAAAGAAAUUGGUUGGAAAAAUAAAUUUUUUUGAAACAAAUUUUAUUAAAAAAAAGGAUAAAGAAAUGAGAAUGUUUAACACAAAAAAUUUACCAAUUACAAAAUCACAAGCUGAAAUUUCUUUAUUAAAAGAAGAAAAUCUUAAAUUAAAAAGUCUUCUAAAUUCGGUUCAUUCCGAAAUUUAUGGAGCUCGUUUAGCUGCUAAAUAUUUGGAUAAAGAAUUGGCUGGACGGAUUCAGCAAAUUCAAUUGCUUGGUCGCAAUAUGCGAGGAGCUCAGCAUGAUCGUCUAUGGAAUCAGUUAGAAGCGGAAAUUCAUCUUAAUAGGCACAAAACAGUUAUUAAAGCUUGUCGUGUGCUUGAAAUAAACAACAUUUCGAGACGGAAAAAUCUGAACGAGAAUUCUAAAGCCUCUCCUUCCGUCUAUUUUGACAAAAGGGGUGUCGGAAAGACACGUCGCAUUCAUCUCCAUUUGGAAGAUAAUGAAGGCCUGGGUAUUUCUAUUACUGGAGGAAAAGAGCAUGGAGUCCCUAUUAUUAUUUCUGAAUUGCAUUCUGGGCAAGCUGCAGAAACAAGCGGAAAUUUGUUUGUUGGAGAUGCUAUACUUUCUGUUAACGGGAAAAGUCUUAAUAAUUUGAAGCAUUCACAAGCUGUGAAAAUUUUAAAUAAAGAGGUGAUUUUGAAAGUUAAACGUUUAUCAGGCCGACUUUACUGA